CACACGCGGCUAAUCGUACGCGCCUGACUGCGCGUCAUGCGUCUGCGUCGCCUUGCGCGCUCGUCCUACGCGUCUCGAGAGGGGAGACGCGCAGCCCGCGCGCGCGUCAAGCCGGACUUGAUUUUGAGCGUCAUUUUGAGCGCACGCGGCGGAAGUGGCAGCCUCGACGUCACGUGGUCGGCAUGUGAUCUUCCGGCGGCUUGGAAACAGGUGUUGUCGAAGUUUCGGAAUCGGACCGAGACGCUGGGAGUCGCUGCCGAAGUUUCGCCAGCGAUGGAAGGGAUCAACAAUGAAGCUCUGAUCGCCUGCGUUGAGGCUCGGCCUGCCCUUUGGCAAGCGAAGCAUAAACACCACAAAAAUAAGCACAUGACGAGGUGCUUGUGGACCGAGGUGGCGAGGAUCGUCAUGCCCGACGCUGCCGUAACAGGUAAGUGCUCGCUAUUUUAUACGGGUGUCAUACGAGAGCACUUUCGAACCCGAUCGAGCCCGAUCGUGAUUUGUGUUCACAAUUGCCUGUACCACGCAAUCUGUGUAGAGCCGAUGGCGAUCCAGAAAUUUGAUAUCGCUCGAUCGCAAUCGAAAGCCUGUGUGGAACCGGUAUAAGCUGCCUCUUAUCAGCCAACUCUCCGAUGUUUAAAACGCGUUUUAUCUGUGCAGAUGACGUUAUCACAGCGCUACAGAAGCGCUGGAAAUCCCUGAGGGAUAAAUUUCGCCGCCUUCUGAAAGGACUGCAGGAAGAAAAAAAGAGCGGCGCCGGUGCAGACGACGUGCAGGACGACGUCGUCUGGCCGUUUUUCGAGCAAAUGAUGUUCCUGCGCGACACAAUGGAAUAUAGACCGACAUCCGGCAACCUUCCAUCUGUGCCCCCAUCGAGUGAGGAGGAAAGCGCUGCGGACAUUUUAACAAAGAUGUGCCAGUUUUCUGAUCGGGCAUCGCUUGAGGUGCCGUCACCAUCCGGUGAAGCGUCGCAAGCGACACUGUCUACGGUGUCACAUGAGUCAUUGGAAUCCCAGGACAUUUUGGAAUCUCUGGAAUCACCGGUGCUUCAAGAUGUGCUGGUUCCGGAGGCUUCCGAGGCACAUCAUAGCAGGCAGCAGUCAGAAACAUUGCUGCCCUCAGCAGGCAGUCACAAGCAAGGGACGCUGGGCAGUGUUCCUUCUGAAGCAACAUCAUCAAGAGGGGGGAAAAGAAAAAAGAAAGAUGACGGUCAAUUAAUAUUAGAACAAUUGGGCAACGUUACAUGUGCAAUGAAAACAUGCAAACCGCAGGACGACCUCGAAAUGUUUUGUUUCUCUCUGCUCAAAGACAUGAGAGAGGUCCCUGAGGACAGGCGUCUCACCAUGAAAAUUAAAUUAAUGCAAGUAGUGGAGGAAUUAAAAAAAUAGUGCUUUAAAAAUAUAGCAUAUACCAGUUUGUUAAUGUACAAUUUUGACUUAUGCUAUAUUUCGUGUUUUUUUUUUGAAUUUCAUUCUUAUAAUUUAUUCCAUUUUAUGUUGUAAUUGUGCAUUUAUUGUUUGCAUUUGUCUACGUGAAGUUUUGUCAUCCAUAAGUUAAAUAAAUUAUUGUUUUCCACCGAGUACUGCAGCAAUGUUUCAGCAUUCUAACAAAUAGUAACAAGAUGUAUAAA